GGCUAACAUGCUAAUAUUUUUUAUGGGGAAAAAACUGACAUCAAACCAUCAUUACACUUUCACUUUGUAGGAAAACAAAUAGGCUAGGUUUCGUUUACUGAACCCAGAAGCUAACAGCUUUCGAUGUUGCUUUCAGUUUGAUGAGCGAGUUCUCCAGUCCAUGGAUCCACAGAGUCUGAAGUUUUCAUCCUCGCGGUGAACAUGUUGUGUUAUUGGGGAGCGCAGGUCCGAGAAGGAUUCGGUCUGUUAAAACCCGAGCAGGUCAAACAUGGAAACUGGGGGUUAAAAUCCAUCUGUACGAAAUCAGCUGUUCAGGACAUCUCAGCAGGGAAAUGUUUCGUUGGAUUCAUCCGGGAUGGGAAGGCGUCGGUGCUGAGACUGCGCGAUAAAGACAGUGCCCAAGAUGGAAAACUAAAGCAACUGGAGCUAAAGAAGGACAGAAUCAGAUCGAUUGUCUGUGGAGAAGCUGGUGCGGUUCUUCUGGCUGAUGGUGGAAAAGUUCUCGUUAUGGACAAAUAUACAGUGUGCAGGCCUUUUAAAGGUCUGGACAACAGACAGGUGAUUCAGAUUGCAUGUGGAGACCAGCAUUCAAUGGCACUAACCAAAGAUGGUCAGUUGUUCGUAUGGGGGGAGAACGCUCAUGGUCAGUUGGGGUUGAAGAAAGAGCAAGCAGGCACUCAGUCUCCUCAACACCUCCAGAGUCUGUAUGGGAUCCCAGUGGCUCAGAUCAGCGCUGGAGGAAACCACAGCUUUGUGUUGUCUCUGUCUGGAGCCGUGUUUGGGUGGGGAAGCAACUCUGCUGGACAGUUGGGUCUCGGAGACACUACAGACAGAUUCGUCCCUACAGUUGUAAAAAGCUUGAGUGGAAAGAAAACAGUGUCCAUCUCAUGUGGAGGAGAACACACUGCUACUCUUUCAAAGGGAGGCACAGUAUUCACAUUUGGAUCAGGAGGUUUCGGUCAGCUUGGGCACAACUCAUUUAAAGAUGAACAUCACCCACGACUGGUUGCUGAACUUUGGGGAUCUAAAGUGUCACAGGUCACAUGUGGGAGACAUCACACUCUUGUAUUAGUUGCAUCAACAAAUCUAGUCUACUCAUUUGGAUGUGGGAUGCAAGGGCAGCUGGGAAGUGGAGAACAGAUCAAGCAGUCUGUGCCGUUACCAGUGCUUCUGCCAACUGAUUGUAAUCGUGAGUUUACAAUGGAGAAACUCAUCGCUGGGGAAAAACAUUCAUUUGCCUUGUUUUUCAAAAAUCCUGGGAAUGAGUCUGCAAAACCUAAAUCUAGCACGAAAGGAGGUAUUUUGACACUAAAUUACAAAAUGAUUGACCGCUGGGUGUCUGGAAGUUACCCAUGGGCAACAGUAAAGAAGGAAAUCAAAAACGUCUUCUCAUCUGCUGUCUGCUUAAAUGGAAGUUUUCUCAAACCAAGCCUCGAUGAACAGGAUUUUGAGCUGGUUGGGAAAGCUUUUUCAAAGUUAUUAGAGAAUGAAAAGGUGAUCUCAGAGGUGGUGAAGGUGGUUCAGCAGACUCUGUUGCCGUCUUUGAACCCAAAGCCAGCUCAUGAGGAAUCGCUGAGACUUUAUCUUCUCCUCCCUGGGCUAAUCAAAGGUCUCGAGCAACACCAAAGAAGUGAACUUAGUAAAGCUCUGGCCUCCAAAAUCCUGAAGCUGAAUCCUGAAGCUUGUGAAAUGUUAGAGAUGUUCUGGUCCAAACUUCCCGAUGACUGGCUCAAAGGCUUGGUGAAGCUAUUUCACAAUGAAUCUGCUGAUCUGAUUGACGAUAUGUCUGUGUGUGUAAUGGAUCCGGAUCUCAAAUACCUGCAGAACUCAUUACAAAUCCUUCAGAUGGCCUAUAAGGUCUGUUGCGGUUCACACAGUGACAUCACUAUUAGUGAUUUCAUCAUUUAUGAGAUCAGUGAUCUUCUAGAUGCGCUGGAGGCCACCAUAGAAGACCUGGGCGAUUGGGAUCCAUUCAUGGAUUAUGUUUACAUGAUGAAUUUGAAAGAUUUUUACAUCAGAACACUUAAAAUAUUGGUCAAGUUCCCUUUUGUGGCUGACUAUGCAUCUAAACGGAGAAUGUUUGAUUCCCUUGAGAACGAACAGAUACAGAGAACUGCAAACAGGUUUUUAAGGAAUGACAGUUUCAACGUGUUGCACGUAAAUAGAGAGUCAUUGUUGAUGGACACACUGAAGUAUCUCAGGCAAAACACCCACUCAUUUUCCCAACCAUCAAAGGUGGCGUUCAUCGGGGAGAAUGGAAUAGAUAUGAGGGGUUUAUCAGCAGAAUUCUUCUCCCUUCUCUCCAAGUCUCUUCUUAAAUGGGAUAAAAAGGUUCUGGAAGUUCAUCCAAGUUCACUGGUUUGGUUCAAUCCUCAUUAUACACGGGGCAAUAAGAAUUUCUAUCUUGGAGUGAUCUGUGGAAUGGCGCUCUACAACAGACAUUACAUCAACAUUGACUUUCCACUGGCCUUAUUCAAGAAACUCCUCCAGCAGAAGCCCAAUCUGGAUGAUCUAGAUGAGCUUUCACCUGUGGAGGCCAGAUGUCUGAAAAACCUUCUUAAGGUGGACGAGGAAGUAGUGGAAUUGCUCUUUUUGGAUUUCACAGUCAAAGGGCAUGAACUGGUUCCAAAUGGAAGUCAAAUUCUAGUGAACAAAGUUAAUAGACAGAAGUAUGUGGAUUUAUACAUCGACUUCGUGUUCAACAAGUCUGUGAAGACUCAGUUCGAGCAGUUUUCGAGAGGUUUCUCUAAGGGCUGCCCGCUCGAUGCAUGGACUAUGUUUCACCCUGAAGAGCUGCAGGAGCUUCUCCACGGCUCUCCUCAAUAUAACUGGAAGGAGCUUCAACAGUCGGCUUCCUAUGAAGGCUGUUCUGCCUCUGAUGAGCUUGUCAAGAACUUCUGGACUGUUUUCUUUGAGCUUUCUGAAGAGAACAAGAAGAAAUUUCUGAUGUUCUUGUAUGGAGCGGAGCGUGUACCUGCUGGAGGUUUCUCAAAGCACCGAAUCAAGAUUUCUCAGAGAGACUGUCCUGAUCCAGAUGACCAUUUACCAAAGGCCCAGACCUGUUUUGGCAGAUUAGUUCUUCCAAAAUACAAUGAUAUCAACACACUUCGCAACAAGCUAAUACAUGCAAUAAACUUUUGUGAGUUUUUUGGUCUAGAGUAAACAUCUCUCAACAUUCCAGAUGUCAAAGUUGUCAAUAUAAAAAUAUAUGCAAUAAAGUGCAUGCUGCUGAACAUUUUGGUUUGCAGUGCCUAUACCGUAUGUAAAACGUUACUCGAACCAUGUGGUUUCAUUUUCCUUGAGUAUCCUAAUGUGCAUCACAAAUCACUAUUAUGUUGGAAAACAUGUUGUAUAGUUAAAAAUAUUUAAA